AUGAAGGUCACGCUGCCUGUCCUCCUAGCUUUUGCGCUCUUGGUACAAGCGCAGGAUACCACCCUCCCAGCAGAUGUUGGCACUGCAACGGCACUCGCUACGGGUACUCCCAUCCUCAGUAGCUUGGACAGCUCUAUCAGCACCACCGUCCUCGGAGUAAGCGAUGGGGGUGGAACUACGCUCUCCUUCGAGGUCACUGUGACGGACCUAAGUGAUUUCCCGUCGGAUUCGCUCACCAUCUUCAGCAAUCCGUCAGGGUCAGGGACGUUGACGACGGUGCCGUCAGUGUCAAGCGUGUCCACGUCGACGUCGAGAAAGUCAGGAACGUCGACGGCCACUCAGAACAGUGGAGCUGGGGGAUUGAGGGUGGAGGGACUGGUAGUUGGUGUUGUGGCGGCUCUGGUGGUAUGUGCCGAUGACACACUCUCUUCAAGCUCCAAGGAGGAAGCUCACCGCGACUUCUCACUAUCGGUCGUCGUAUCGGCGUUUCGGGACUCAGGUCCGAGGCGAAGACCCCAAUGCCAUCCAAGCGCCUGCUACGAACUUUAUCCUGCCAAAGCCUCUCGAUUUCCCAAGGGCGACAAGUGGCGCAAACACGAUAAGCGCUCUCUGCAGCGUCAGAGCGAGAAUGGAAUAUUCUCUCUAUGCCUCACCAAUCGAAUACGUAUCCCAGCACGGGCGUCGCCAUCGUUAUCCAUCACAUUAUCCCAUAAACUAUGCGGUGGAUUUAGAGAACACGUUACCCACGUCUGGACUGCUACCACCUCGUUUUCUAAACCGAAGAAAGGCUCCACUAUCGUCGUCGCCAAAUUCUACGAUCCUCUAUUCUUUGGUGACUCCGAUGGCACGGACAUCAGGGCCCCCCUCUGCCUUGCUACUUGGUCUGCCGCCACUCAAGUGGGAUCGUACGAGAAUCUCGAGUCUCUCCAAGGGACUGGCAUUCCUUAA